UCUGCUUGCCUCACCUGGAAAUGCUGCCCCAAGUCAUAAACCUGUCCUCGGUGCUCACAGCCGACGCGUUCGCAGCGCGGACAGCAGUCGCCCGGAUAGUGGCUGACGUGAAUGCAGGCAGGCGGCAGAGCGGCGCAGUCCGUGCGGGCACAAGCUGCUCCUUCCGCCGUGCACUCACACUGGAUGCAGUGGUCACUAUCCAGGGAAUACCACUCCCCUGGGAAGUACAGGCUCCCGUUGGCAUCGCACGUGCUGACUGGCCCCGCCAGCCCGGGCCGAGGCACCCUAGCCAGCAGCAAUGCCAGGCUCAGCAAAGGAAAGGGCAUCGCCAAACUCCAGGGGCGGCUGGGCAGAGCGGGGAAACGGCAGAGAAGCCGGCGGAGAAAACCCGCGAACCCGCUUUUCUCCAGGCGAAAGGAUCCAGCCCGCGGCUGACAAGCAACCUGGCCGGCCCUGCGCUCCUUUGCCCUUUGUGCAGCCGCCUGCCCCGGAGUGAAACCCGAGCACCCCUUCCCCAAAAGGGAGGGCGGAACCUCGGAGCUGGGAGGGGCAGAUGCAUUGCCCCCCCUGCCUGCCCCCCUGCCUGCUUUGCCUCCCGCGCUCCAACCCGCCUUCACAGCCCCCCGCGCUUCCCCCCAAAAAACCCUCCGAACUUCGCACCUCGGAGGAUCGCGCUGCCUCCCGGCUCGGAUGCCCCCGCGCCGGCCUUUUCCUUCGAUGCCCCUUUAAGGUUCUGGGGACGCGAACUGAGUUUCUCCUGGGAGCCAUUGAAGCCAAUGCCAUCGCUCUGGAGGAUGAUAGAAGAGCAGCUAGCACCCAGCGAGAGACUGGAAGUGAAGACUAUUUUGGGAAUUGAUCUUGUGGACUACAGCUUGGAGCUUCAUAAUGAGGUAAAGACUCUCUUGGAAUUCUAUCAAGAGCUGCAGUUGGACCAUUUUGAGCAAAGACCUGAUAAUUGCAUCUUGCUGGCUGCUCCUCCCCACCGGAAAGAACUAGUAAGAGAGGAGAUUCGCCUACUCCUGGUUGGCUUGCAGCAAAAGGCUUUGCAGGAGGGCAGGGACCACGACUGUGCCAUUGCUAAAUACAACACACAUGUAAUCAACUUCGCUUUCAAGACAAAUGUUGGAAGUAAUCGGCCAUCAUCUGGGAGCAACAAUCUCAUCAGGUCAUUGUCCUGUAGCACCACAAAUGAUUUGGAACCAUAUUCUGAUAAACUGAAUAUAGCUCAGAUCGGCGAGAUAACCUCUAGACUUAGGACUUUGCUAGAGGAUGAAUGCCAUGCUCUGGAAAGAUACAUUACACAUUUACAGAACCAACUAGAGGAAGUGCAUCAGCAUGCUACUGAGCUGCAAGACAAAAUGCAUGAACCCACCAUGGCUGAACUACAGGAAGAGAAACGUGUCAUGGAGCGGGAUUUGCAAUUGAGCCUGCCCAAGUCAUGUCCUAGGCCUCCUUCCCUGAUGUCAAACCAGCUUGGGAACAGCACCCAUUUGUCUCAGCUCAGCCAUCCAAGAGGCUUAGUGAAAGGGCCAGGAUUUGGACAGAUCAAUCCUGCUUCUAAUGAGAUUCCUUCACCAGAUCCCAGGGAUCAGAUUUCUCUACUCUGCUAUCGGCCAUCAUCCCGAUGGAGCCAUUCGACAAGAACCCCUUUGGGAUGGAUGCAUCAGAAGAGUGAGGAUUCCAACCAGGCAAGGAAGGACAGUGACACUAAGUUGCCUACAACAUUAGGACAUCCAACUGCUUCAGUAUAUAGAUCAGCAUCAGCAUCAGCAUCAGCCUGGGAACCUGCUUUUCUUCCCAUGCCUCCUACAGAACCUUGUCCACCGUCUCGCUUUUGUCCCCGUAUUAGAUUAUUGCAGUGUAAAGGACCAAGCUAAGAAAAAUAGAACUUCCUCUUCCUCUUGACAUCUCACCCCUUGCUCUGUAGCAACAGUGCCCAUUGAAACUGUAUGCUGCUGUCCCCUAUGCUUGAAAUGGGCUUAAUGUUGGCUAUUGCUGUCUUUGCUCAUUCUUAUUUUCAAAUUCAUGGAUUCCAAAGAAAGUAACAAGGCCAUGCUAAAUACCCCUUCUUCUGUACAGAUAAGUGUCCUGGGAGUGCAGCAGUGCCCCCUGGGAUCCUUUCUCCUCCUCCUCUCCAUUAGUCAAUACAAUAAUUCCAUUAUAACAUUAAAGAAAAGUUAUGGCUCCUCAAAUCGCCCUUCCGAUCCCACAAAAAGAACUGUACAUCCUGAGUUCAGGAAUAUAAAUUUCAUUAAAAUCUAUGAGACUUUAACAAUCUACAA